GGUACAUGUGGAAGAGAAGAAAACACACAACUUUCAAACGCUACAAUGUUCUCCCUGUGAAGUAGUUUCGUGAAGUCAAAGGACAGCCGGCCCGCAGAGUGCUGCAAGUUAAAGUGUUGAAGCCCUGGCGUGAGACAGUGGGUCGAGGAAAGAUGGCAGGCAGCGGCACAGCCUCCACUUUCCUCUCCCCAGACCGACCGCCUCGUCACAACCCACGCACCCUCCCCGCCCUCCCAUCUCAUCGCUGGACAACCACCCCCAGUAACACACCCCCGGCCCACCCAAAAGCGCCAGCGCACGACCCGACUCAGACAUGAGCACCUCCGCGGGCGGCCUCUCCAGACGGCGCGUCGCCGGCGCCUCCGCAGCCUCCAGUGCAAACGCAGACGACGACUGGUCCUCGACCUCCAACAACCCCACACCCAACGGCACCACGCCUUCUUCUCCGACCACCGGCACCGGCAGCGCGGGAGGCGGAGUCGCGCACUCGCACGCGGGCUCGGCGUUCGAGGGCGGGAGCAAGAUCGCGUAUGACCCAAGGGACCUCGACCGCGAUAGAGAGGAGGCGCGUGCGGGGGGGAAGAUGCCGCGGCUGACGAUUAUGGAGGAGGUGUUGCUGCUGGGGCUCAAGGAUAAGCAGGGCUACCUCUCCUUUUGGAAUGACAACAUCUCGUACGCCCUGCGCGGGUGCAUCCUCAUCGAGCUCGCCCUCCGCCGGCGCAUCGCGCUCGUCAAGCACGCGAACCGCCGGCAGAUGCCGCUCGCGGACCGCGUCGUGGAGGUGAUCGACGACCGGCAGACGGGCGAGACGAUCCUCGACGAGACGCUCAAGAUGAUGAAGUCGCAGGAGGGCGAGCGGAUGAGCAUCAACGCGUGGAUCGACCUCCUCAGCGGCGAGACGUGGAACGUGAUGAAGAUCGGAUUCCAGCUGAAGCAGGUGCGCGAGCGCCUCGCAAAGGGCCUCGUCGACAAGGGCGUGCUGCGCACCGAGAAGCGCAACUUUCUGCUCUUCGACAUGGCGACGCACCCCGUCGCGGACGUGCGCACGAAAGAGUCCGUCGUCGCGCGUGCGGUCGCGUUGCUCACCGCGACGACGUCGAGCAUCCCGCCGCAAGCGCUCGACAAGGAGGGCGUGCAGAACCGCGCGACAAGGGCGGUGUGUUUGGUGUGCGCGGCGUACGCGGCGAGCGUGCUUGAUAAUGCGUUUGGGCGGCUCACGUACGAGGACAGGGAGGCGGCGUUCCAGCGGUGCGACGAGAUUCUUGGCGAGUUUGCAGUGUGGCCGUUUGGGAGCGCCUCCUCGUCAUCGUCAUCGACCGGUGGUGGCAGUAUGGGCUCGGGGGCGCCGAGACGGAGGGAGAGCUCGCGGAUCGGGAUGGGGAGCAGCGCGAGCGGGCGAGAGAGCGUGUUGGGCUUGUUGCAGGAGGUCAGAAGAGAAAUGCAGGGCGAGGAGGACGUCGGGUUCGAGCUGGUCGCUGGUGUGCUCGAGGUGUUGUCAAAACUGGACUCACUCCUGUGAGGCGACCGUCUGUCGGCGACGAUAUGGCGCCUUCACUCGAUCAUCCUCAUCUCAUCCUUAAUCCGUUUGUUCGGACGCGCAUAUCAGCCUAAUCGCACUCUUAUAACCCUGUAUCUCUGGGUCUUACCACUAUAUUUUGUGUUUCUCUCUACAGUAGCCUCUUUUUCCCGUUUACGGGGUAUGAUACCCGUGAUUUCCGCC